AAGUGAUAUAGUGGUAGUCAAAAACGAUAUUAAAGUGAAAUAGUCAACUGUAACCUGAAAGACUGUGAAAUAAUCUCAAAAUGGCGACCGCGUCACAUUUAGGCAUAAAAAGCCUCGAAGGACUCCACAGCGUGACGAUCAGGCAGAAAGUGACUGGUUUUUCGAACAACAAGUACGUGGUGCUGGCGCCAGAUGGCGCUGUCAUUCUGUACGCCAAGGAGAACUCCCGCGCACUCAACCGGCUGUUCGGCGGGAAGGACCGCGCUUUUGAAAUUAACAUUUAUGACACACAGGAUAAAGAAGUGGUCCGCCUCCGCCGUCCGUACACGUUCGGCCCCGACAAGAUGGACGUGACGUUGUGUGGCAGCCUCAUCAGCGUGGUACGACAGGAGGUCACCUUCUUCAAACCAGUCCUCAACAUCAAUGAUGCCAAUGACCGCCCUAUGCUGAGGGUCAAGGGUCCUAUGACUACUUCUGGAGAUGCUGACUUCAAAUUAUACAACACAAAGAAGCAGCAAGUGGGCGUCAUCGCCAAGCGCUGGGGCGGACUGGCGCGAGAACUCUUCUCUGAUGCUGACCACUUCGAGAUCAGCUUCCCUGCUGACGCUACCGUCGGCGUCAAGGCGGCUAUCAUUGGGACUUGCUUCCUUAUAGUGAGUCAUGUCAACCUUAACGUCUGGUAGCUGGGGUGGGGUGUG